AUGGACUCUCUCGACUCGAAACAGCAGUACUUUGCCAACUGUGACUUGGUGUCGCUUUCACAGGACGUUUUGCCUUCGGAGUCGAAAAUAUGCAGUUUGAAAAUAGUGGAGAGUGAAGUUGGGCGGCGUGCUGUGCUGUUGCUGAACAACAACAACAACAACAACAACAACAACAACAACAACAACAACAACAACAACAACAACAACAACAACAACAACAACAACAACAACAACAACAACAACAACAACAACAACAACAACAACAACAACAACAAAAUUUCUAGCACUCUUUGCUUGAACAAGCAACGCAAAAGUCACUGUGGAAACACUUCGAUUAUCAUACAUGCACGUAGACGCAAGAAUGACUAA